AAGAAGAAGAAGAACUGGGAGGACUCCGAACACCGGCUUCAUCAGUGUGACACACAGCUGGCGGUAGUAAUGACAGACACAUAGCUGUGAGUUAUUGUGCUCUCAGUGUCAUGACUAAAUGUCGUUUGGACUACAGUUAGAGACGAUAAGCAAGCUAAUAACAGCUCGGAGGACUCGCUCGUCUCCCUGGAGUAGCCUCGGUUACUAACAAGUGGACUGUGUACAGUGUUUGGACUUGACAGCUGCCUGCCUGGGGAAGCUGCAGUCAUGGUGUUUAUGCAGAGCUACUGUGAUGCAAAUUCCUCCAUCUCCAUAACCUGGGUGGAUGAAGGCAUCGCCCCCUGCUUCUACUUCACACUGGUCCCCACCAUCCUGCUCUCCCUCUCCUUCCUCCUUGGCACCAUCCACUGCAUAUGCUACCAAAAGUAUGGCACGCAAAUGGAACGCAAGUUCAUUCCUCGCGCCCGCCUCUAUGGUUUUCAGCAGGUCCUCCACGUCUUUCUGAUCAUCCAGUUUCUGGGUGGAAUCAUUUGGAGAGCCGCGAGUGCAGAUGAGCUUCCAGGGUAUGUGGUGCUGUAUGGCUGCUUUUCCAUCCUGGGAUGGGCCUGGGCUAUGGCUCUACUCAGGGUGGAGAGGCGCAGGGUCCUGGUGUCGGAUCGGACAAGAGGACACAGUGCCGUCCUGCUGCUGUUCUGGGCUGUAGCUUUCUGUGCUGAGAACCUGGCUUUUAUCUCCUGGUACAGCCCUCAGUGGUGGUGGGGCCUGGAGAACAAACCACAACAGGUGCAGUUGUUCCUGUGGAUGAUGCGCUACAUUAGCACUGGGCUGCUCUUCUUCAUUGGUCUCAAAGCUCCAGGCUUGCCGAGAAGACCUUACAUGCUACUGAUAAAUGAAGAUGAGCGUGACGUAGAAAAUGGUGGACAGAGCCUGUUGGGAAGAUCAGAGGAGAACCAGUCCACCUGGAAGGGUUUUUGGAAGAAGAUCCGUCUGCUUGUUCCCUACAUGUGGCCGCAAGGCAACAAGUUUCUCCAGCUGCUGGUCCUCUUCUGUUUGGGGCUGCUGGGAGUGGAGAGGGCUGUUAAUAUCUUUGUACCUAUUUACUCCAAGUAUAUUGUGGAUGAACUGACUGAUGGCAGCAGCUGGCACAUUUUAGCCGUUACAGUGUGUAUUUAUGUCCUGCUCAAGCUCCUGCAGGGCGGCGGAGCAGGUUCCUCUGGAUUUGUCAGUAACAUACGCACUUUCGUCUGGAUCCGCGUGCAGCAGUACACCAAUCGACUGGUUCAAGUCAAUCUGUUUGGCCACCUGCACUCCCUCUCUCUGCGCUGGCAUCUGAGCCGCAAAACUGGUGAAGUACUGAGAAGUAUCAACCGUGGCACGUCUUCCGUUAACAACUUGGUCAGCUACAUAGUGUUCAGCAUCUUUCCAACCAUUGCUGAUAUUGUCAUCGCCAUCAUCUACUUCAUCACUUAUUUCAAUGCCUGGCUUGGCCUUAUUAUCUUCAUCUGCAUGACCUUCUACCUCACUAUGACGAUCAUCAUCACUGAAUGGAGAACCAAGUACAGACGAGAAAUGAAUCGGAUGGAUAACGCUGCCAAGGCCAAGGCUGUGGACUCCUUGUUAAACUUUGAGACGGUAAAAUACUACAAUGCAGAGAACUAUGAGGUCGGCCGGUUUGAGGGUGCAAUCUUAAAUUAUCAGGCUUCAGAGUGGAGGGCGCAGGCAUCUCUGGCCUUGCUCAAUCAAACCCAGAAUGUCGUCAUUGGAUUAGGACUUCUAGCAGGCUCCUUGCUCUGUGCAUACUUUGUCACAGAGGGAAAGUUUCAGGUUGGAGAUUAUGUUCUCUUCGGUACCUACAUCAUCCAAAUGUACAUCCCACUCAACUGGUUUGGAACAUACUACAGGAUGAUCCAGACUUCCUUUAUUGACAUGGAAAACAUGUUCCAACUUUUCGAAGAAGAUCAAGAGGUGAAGGAUGAAGUAAAUGCAGGAAAUCUUCUCUUUAAACUGGGGAAAGUGGAGUUUGAAAACGUUUACUUUAGCUACAUAAAUGGCAUGGAGAUUCUCAGGGCUGUGUCCUUCACAGUUCUUCCAGGACAGACGGUUGCACUGGUUGGGCCGUCGGGAUCUGGGAAAAGCACAAUCAUUCGACUGCUUUUCCGUUUCUAUGAUGUUCAGGGAGGCUGCAUUCGCAUUGAUGGCCAGGAUGUAUCAAAGGUGAAACAGGCAUCUCUGCGAUCUCAUAUCGGCGUGGUUCCCCAGGAUACCGUGCUGUUCAACGACACCAUCCGGGAUAACAUUCGCUAUGGUUGCACCACUGCUAGUGACCAGGAGGUGGAGGAGGCUGCUGUCGCUGCUGAUAUCCAUGAUAAAAUCAUGACCUUCCCUGAUGGUUAUGAUACCCAGGUGGGGGAAAGAGGACUGAAGCUGAGUGGAGGAGAGAAGCAGAGGGUGGCUAUCGCCAGAACUAUCCUCAAAGCACCACAAAUCAUCCUGCUGGAUGAGGCCACAUCUGCCCUGGACACACAGACAGAGCGCAACAUCCAGGCCUCUCUGGCCAAAGUCUGUGCCAAUCGUACUACAGUGGUUGUAGCUCACAGGCUGUCUACCAUCAUCGGAGCAGACCAGAUCCUGGUUGUCAAUGAAGGGCGGAUUGCUGAGCGGGGACGACAUGAAGAAUUGCUACAAAAAGGAGGUUUAUAUGCAAACAUGUGGACGAAGCAACAACAGGCUCAGGACUCAGAUUCAUCAUCAGACACCGAAAUCAAAUAUCGCAAGUCUGAGAAACUGCAGCCACCAUCCUCAGGACACCACGGGCACUGAAUGAAUUUGCUUUAAGAAAAAAAACUGUUAGCACUUUUAUUCUUUGUUGUGAUUGUGAAAAGGUUAUGUUUGAUUUAAA